UGGAACACAAAGUCAAAAUUGUUCGUCGCAGCUUAACUUCCAAUGAGAGCGACUCCGUUAAUCAAGCAGAAGCCGACAAUGGAUUCAAGAAGUACGUGACUUCUAUUGUGACCGAGUCCAUAGGGACCUACUGCCUCUCCCCCAGUAAAGUCUGUUUGGCAGGCCCUCGAGGACCAAAAGGAACUCCGGGAAAUCGCGGUAGACGGGGUCCAAAAGGAACUAAGGGAAAAACGGGAACGAAAGGAUUUAUGGGACCACCUGGCAAAUCUGGAAAACAAGGAAUAAAAGGAGAUGUUGGGAAUCCUGGAAUGAAAGGAGAAAAAGGUGACAAAGGGGUUCCUGGACAUCCGGGGCCCAAAGGUGAACCAGGCCAGUCCUUAUCUGCUCCAGACGUAAAUGUGUCUCCUGUCUCACUCACAGUCACCGAGAACCAGACCGCCAACUUUCAUUGCUCAGCGAGUGGUCAUCCAAAGCCUAAAGUCUCCUGGAGAAAAAUAAAUGGUGCUGAACUGGUGACAACAGACGGUCCCGAUACUGCACUUCAUAUCAGAACUGCAGAUUAUAAUGACUCAGGGAGUUAUAUGUGCAUAGCUACAAGUGUCUUAGGAAAAGCUCAGAAGAUGGUGAAACUUUAUGUAGAAGUGUCUCCGCGACUCAUCGAGAUUCCUAAAAGAGUUAUUGAGGUGAUGGACUCUUCUACAGCCUCUGUCUCUUGUAAAGCAUUUGGUUUUCCACCUCCAGCUAUUAUUUGGUCAAGAGGUUUUUUGAAAUUACCGGAAGGUCGAUCCAAUGUCAUCAAUGGUACACUGACUAUCGCAAGUUUCAAACCUCACGAUGUUGGUCAAUAUCAGUGCAGAGCCUCCAACAAGCUUGGUUGGGUUAGUGCAGUUACAACGUUAACUUUAACUUAUAGUAGAGGCUUUAGGUGGAGAUCAAGCAUACUAAGAGACAACGUGUUUUAUCAAAGUCACCUGAAUCAGUUUCUAACGCCCGCAGUCGGAAGUCAUCCUCAGUGGCUGUUGUGUUACCGCGCCUCCACUCAUGGCUGGGCGGUCAGCACCUUCCACAGUAAUUGUGAUGGUAAACGUAACACAGUCACCAUCGUGAAAGCAGGACAGUACGUGUUUGGAGGCUACACUGACAUUCCAUGGGAGUCCAGUGGUGGGUGGACCAGCACUCCAAAUGCUUUCUUAUUUUCUCUUCACAAUAAAGAAGGACUGGCUCCAUUUAAAAGCGUGGUAAAAAAGCCAAAUUGGGCAAUGUACAAGCAGUCGAGUUACGGUCCACUAUUUGGUGCUGGUCAUGAUAUUCAUAUCGCGAACAAUGCCAACAGUAAUCGUAAUUCCCAAGCCAAUUUUGGUUGGGCUUAUUCCGUUCCAAGUGGUGUACAAAACGAAAAAACUUUACUGGCCGGUAGUUCAAACUUCACACCCGAUGACUGGGAGGUGUUUUACGUGGGGUAAGAGGUCUUGGACUGAAGAAAAAACCGAACCAUUUACUCGCUCAACGGACUCUUUGUAUUUUUACACGUAGAGUGCAAACUGCAUUUGAUUGUUGCCGAGUGUGAUACAUUCUAUUUUUAUCAUUCAUGUCAGAGAACUUAAUGAAUAUGACCUAUGAUCUGUGCUAUCAUUAAGCUAAACUAGUGAAUUUUUUCUAUUAAUGAAAAAUGCCGUGUGAGGUGAGUGUACGAUCUGCCAAA